GGCAGCUGAAACUCGACGGGCGCUCUUUUUUUCGGGGCAGCGCUCUCGACCUCGGAGCGCCGGGCAAGUUUGGCGCGUCCUGCCCUGGUGGACCCCGCGCGCAAAAGGGUCCACAACUGUGCUGUAAACUAUGUCUCCUUUUUUACGAAUAUCGUUCAACUCAUGUGAACUAGGGCCUGUGCAGAACCAUGGAGAACAACUACAGCCAUUCUGUGCAAUAAAAAUGAAAGAGGCCUUAACUACAGAGAGGGGAAAGACCUUAAUUCAGAAGAAACCUACUAUGUACCCAGAUUGGAAAUCUUCUUUUGAUGCCCAUAUCUACGAGGGGCGUGUUAUUCAGAUUGUUCUUAUGAAGGCUGCUGAAGAGCCAUUAUCUGAGGUUACCGUAGGUGUGUCUGUUUUGGCUGAAAGAUGUAAGAAAGGCAACGGGAAAGCUGAAUUUUGGCUUGAUUUACAACCACAAGGAAAGGUAUUGAUGGCUGUGCAGUACUUUCUAGAAGAUGGAGAUUGCAAGCAGUCAAUGAGGGAAGAGGAGGGAACUGUGACAAUGAACAGAAGAGGAGCAAUCAAACAGGCCAAAAUCCACUACAUCAAAAACCAUGAAUUUAUUGCUACCUUCUUUGGGCAGCCUACAUUUUGUUCUGUGUGUAAAGACUUUGUCUGGGGGCUCAACAAGCAGGGAUACAAAUGUAGACAAUGCAAUGCUGCUAUUCACAAAAAAUGCAUUGAUAAAAUUAUUGGAAGGUGUACUGGUACUGCAGCAAACAGCAGAGAUACAAUGUUUCAGAAGGAGCGCUUCCACAUCGAUAUGCCUCACAGAUUCAAAGUCUACAACUACAUGAGUCCAACAUUUUGUGAUCACUGUGGUAGUCUUCUCUGGGGACUGGUUAAACAAGGAUUAAAGUGUGAAGAAUGUGGAAUGAAUGUGCACCACAAAUGUCAAAAGAAAGUGGCAAAUCUGUGUGGUAUCAAUCAGAAACUGUUGGCAGAAGCUUUAAACCAAGUUAGUCAGAAAUCUUCCAGGAAAUCUGAAUCUGGGUCUGUAGACAGUGUGGGUAUUUACCAGGAUUUUGAUAAGAAACCAAGAGCUCUAGGUGGAGAUACAACAGAUAAUAAUGAAUAUGAUAAGCUCUGGGAGGGAAGAUCAUUGUCACAACCAUCCAGUAGGAGGAAAUUCAACAUAGAUAGUUUUAUUUUCCACAAAGUUCUUGGGAAAGGAAGCUUCGGAAAGGUACUGCUUGCUGAACUGAAAGGAAAGAAUGAAUUUUUUGCUGUAAAAGCUUUGAAGAAGGACGUGGUACUUAUUGAUGAUGAUGUGGAAUGCACCAUGGUAGAAAAGCGAGUCUUAGCACUUGCAUGGGAAAAUCCAUUUCUUACCCAUCUCUACUGUACUUUUCAGACUAAGGAACAUCUGUUCUUUGUUAUGGAAUUCCUCAAUGGUGGAGAUCUGAUGUUCCAUAUACAGGACAAAGGCCGUUUUGAUCUCUUCAGAGCUACGUUUUAUGGAGCUGAAAUACUGUGUGGUUUACAGUUUCUUCACAGCAAAGGCAUUAUUUAUAGAGACCUCAAAUUAGACAACGUGAUGCUUGAUAAAGAAGGUCACAUCAAGAUAGCUGAUUUUGGGAUGUGCAAAGAGAAAGUCUAUGGAGAGAAUAAGGCAACAACUUUCUGUGGUACCCCGGACUACAUAGCUCCUGAAAUCCUGCAAGGGCUGAAGUAUACAUUUUCUGUGGACUGGUGGUCUUUUGGAGUCUUACUAUAUGAAAUGCUGAUUGGACAAUCUCCUUUCCAUGGUGAUGAUGAAGAUGAGUUAUUUGAGUCAAUCCGAGUAGACACACCUCAUUACCCACGUUGGAUUACCAAGGAAUCUAAGGAUAUACUAGAGAAGUUGUUUGAAAGGGACCCAAUAAAGCGAUUGGGAGUAACCGGAAACAUCAGAGAUCACUCUUUCUUCAAGACGAUUAAUUGGACAUUGCUAGAGAAGAGGGAAGUGGAUCCACCUUUCAAACCUAAAGUGAAAUCAGCAAAUGACUACAGCAACUUUGACAGAGAGUUUCUGAGUGAGAAGCCUCGAUUAUCGCACAGUGACAAAAACUUAAUAGACUCCAUGGAUCAGUCUGCAUUUGCUGGGUUCUCUUUCAUCAAUCCUAAAUUUGAACAAAUUUUGGAGAAAUAAUUCUUCAAGCAUAGAACGACGUUUAGGUACAACUAUAAAUAGAAGCACUCCGUAUGAAUUGUGAUCAAAGGAUACCAUCAUCUCUCCGUCUUCAUUUUCAGUGAUGCUCAAUAAUGACUUAUUAUGUUAUACUGCUGAUUAUUUGGCA